UCAUCGAAAGCGUUACUGCAAGUUUUUUCAUUUACUUGCUAUAUAUCCCCGCCAAAAACGGCACGACCAGGUUCUAGUCGUUCUAGAAUUCGUUUGGUUUCGAUACACGCUCAAAGAUUUUUUUACAUUAUUUGCUCCGUAAAUAUGCCCUGAGGCAUGCAUCGAGCCGAAGCAAAUAUUUCAAUCAAUUUCUUCUCAGAAGCUGCGCAGAAACUUACAAAUGUCAGAUCACCACUCAGAAGUAACAACGCCGCAGAGCAAAACGUUUCGAAACAGCUCCACUAUGUUUACUCCUUAUACCCCUGGUCGUGCUCAGCGCAGAAUGCAAUUUGACCCAAGAUCCAGGCAUACCGUCGUUGACAUAGAAGACCCUGAUGCCGAAGAUAACAUAGACGAUGCUUUGUUAGAUUUGAUUAAACUCACCUGGAAUAUCUCGGCAGUAUCACCUUUAUUCGGUCUCGACAUUAAAGAUGACGUGAGAUUAAAACAGUACUCCAAAAAACUCAGAGAAAUGGUGGCAACCUCUUUGUACAAAGAUAAUGUAUCUUACGAAGCUAAAUUCACUCCUAUGCAUCAUCUGGUAUGCAGUCCUUCAGAUCCUCCAGCUGUAAAGGUAGAAGUCCAUUCCAAAGACGACGAACAGGAUACUGAAAUGAAACAAAUUUAUCUCGGAAUAUUUUUGUCCUGGGGUCCUAGGUCUGACGUGGAAGCAGAAAAUAUAAAAUUACCAAUUCUAUUAAACAGAGGACUGCAAGGUGUUGCGCAGGCUGUACACUCUACAUUAAGUCAGAUGUUUGACUGUACAAUUACAGCUAUGCCAGCCAGUCAGGAAGAUCUUAUGUGGUUAACUACGAUUGUUCUUAACUCUGAUGUAGCUGAAUCGCGAAGCACUAAGAAGACUGCUCAGUAUGAAUUAAUACUAGAGUACACUAUCCCUGAAUUGCCGGCAUCUGACUUGAUCAAAGUCAAAUUUCCGCUGAAGACUAUGAAGACUUUGUGGUCAAAAAUCUGUCCCACUCAUCUGAGUGCCACAAACGAUAAUGAGCAAGUCGCUAGUAUAAUAGAUCUGAGUCAGGUGAAUCGGUUUUUCGAAUGUCUGAGGAUUAAGAUGCUGAAGAGUGCUAGUCUCGAGUUGGGAUAUUGUUUACUGGAAAAAAUUAGCUUGCCAAAUUUUACCAUUAAAUCUAAUAAGAUGAAAGUAACAGAUAUUGAAGCGAUUGAUCGAGUUCUUUGGUUUUUUCAAGAAAAAGCCGUACUUCAUUUUCAAGCCCCAAUCCCAAUUAGGAACGAAGAGUGUUAAUUAAUUGUCUUGUUAAUCUUGCAUUUAAUGUCUUGAUAUACUGUGGUACAUAUUUCUCUACAAUGUUUACUCGUUAAUGCAUCUAAAAGUGCUUGUAAUUUUAACCAAAUUUAAUAUCUUUUCGUUAUUUAUACGUAGUGUUUUAGAUUAAUUAGUCAAUUCCGAUAUUUUUAUAAUCUUCAUACUUACCGUGUCGUUCCGAAUAUAAGCUGAGGUUUUUUGUCGUUGACAGUACCUGCCAAAAUAGUUCUCGUCUUAUACGCGGACCCGGUGUCUUAUAUGCGAGUAACUAUGAAAAACAUCCUGAAAUAUUCUUAGAAUUGCGGGUCGUCUUAUAUGCGGGGUCUGCUUAUACUCGGAACAACACAGUAUUUAGUAUUAUCCGUUGAAAACUACCUCUUAUAAUAUUAGUAUAGUAUAAUAUUAUGCCUUAAUUAUUUAAAUGUUAUUCCUGGGAUCGUUUGAUCAAUUCUUAAACACGGAUUCACGUCCUAUUACUUGAUUAAAGACGUUACUCGCAAUUUUACGUUGUCAUACUAUUAAGUAGUAAGUUCAUCUGUAAGAAUUGUCGAACGCGUAUACGCGGCGCGAAAAUUUCGUAUUUUAAUGGCCCCCAAUGCGCGAUCAAUAAAGUCGUAGAAGAAGCGUUCGUGGCCGGACGUAUGGUUCGUUUGUGUGUUAAAGGGAUCGAAUUUAUGGAAAUUAAAUAUUUUAUUACUUGAUGAAUGCGU